AACGGCCAGGUGGCGGUCACACUGGGCCCGAGUAAAUAACCAGUUUUAGACUUUACGGUGAUUCGGAAACUCGUACCUGGCGCUGUAGUUGUCCAAAGUAUAAUCAACCACGCUGUGGCAAUUAAGGAGUCCAAUUGGUUCUCGGAAUGUUUAAUCUUGGAGCCAUGGAUGGAAAAGACGAUGAACUGGAGCAGAGAGCAGGGAAAAAUGAGGAGAACGAGGAUGAUGAGAAGCUGAAUGAAUUAUCGUUUUGUUUUGUUCGGGGUUCAGAUCCUAGAGCUGCAACAUGUCGCAGCAAACUUCAGAACAAGCGGUGCAAAUUGAAUAAGGAGAUUAACAAGGAACUCCGCCUUCGAGCUGGGGCCGAAAAUCUUUAUAAGGCCACAUCCAACCGCAAAUUGCGAGACACAGUUGCCUUGGAACUAAGCUUUGUCAAUUCAAAUUUGCAAUUGUUGAAGGAGCAACUGGCCGAGUUGAAUUCUUCAGUGGAAAUAUAUCAAAGCGAAAGUCAUAAUGGAAUUAUGCCCAUGAUACCACUGGGCUUGAAGGAAACCAAGGAGAUAAAUUUCAUGGAACCCUUUUCCGAUUUCAUCCUGGAGCACUACAGUGAGGAGCCUUCAAUGUACAUAGAUGCCAUAGCAGAUAUGACAGACACGAGACAGGCAUCCAAAACCCCGUCACGUGACGCCCUUGGGGUGGCAUUACUUUUCCGGUACUAUAACACACUGUACUAUGUGGAACGUCGAUUCUUUCCGCCCGAUCGCAAUUUGGGGGUAUACUUCGAGUGGUAUGACUCAUUGACGGGAGUUCCCUCGUGCCAGCGCACCAUCGCCUUCGAGAAGGCCUGCACCCUGUUCAAUCUGGGCGGGAUCUAUACCCAAAUCGGAGCUAGACAUGAUCGCACCACGGAACGGGGUUUGGACCUGGCUGUCGAUAGUUUUCUGCGGGCAGCGGGGAUAUUCCGUCACAUAUACGAUACGUUUACGAAUGCUCCAUCGAUGGAUCUGAAGCCUCAGGUCCUGGAUGUGCUCGUAUCGCUAAUGCUUUCCCAGGCUCGAGAAUGUCUCUUUGAAAAGUUGCAGCUUCAAAUCGAGGCGAUAGGUCUAUCCGAAUUCAGUUGCUCCGAUUCGCAGUCGUUUCGCGAUCUAGCUGGAGAGGCUGCCCAGAUAUCGCACGAGUACAAUGAAAUGCACAAAAACAUCCAGGCAAACGAUACGCACACCUAUCUCCCUGAAUGUUGGGCUGGUCUGGUGCCGGUCAAGGCGGAACUCUACAAGGCAUUCGCACAUUUCUACAAGGCCCGCAGCAUAGAUGCUACAGACGAGAUCAAAGCAUCCCACUUGCCCUCUCAAAAGAGCCAUUCCAAAUUGUCGGCGGAAUCCUUCAUUGGCAACUCACAAGAGGUGGAAUCUAUUUAUGGCACUAGCGAGGAGGCCGCCACUUCGGUUGCCAACAAACUGGCCCACUUGAAGGAAGCCCUGGCUAGUAUCGAAGAGGCUCAGCGUCUGCAAAGAAUGUGCCGGUAUCUAAAGAACAAGUCAUCGCUUACUGAGGUCAUGAAGGAAGUGCACUCCAAGUCGCAGGAGGAGUUCGAUAAGUUCAGAUUGCAGGCAUCAGCGAAUAAUAUCGAAGAGGGCGACCUUCUAGAGCGAACCGUUGAAGCUUUCUCGAAGUUUACGUUAUCCCUGACGGGACCCGAUUUCACAUCGCACAAGGUUAAGGAUCCCUUCAAGCGCCUUGGACCCAUAGCAAUAUUUUCUGCGCGACGCCACUGGACAGCCCCAAGAUGUGUGCGCUUGCAGAAGGGAUCUUCUUCGUACCACAACGUACCCGCCACCAAUAACAAGUGUUCGUUGGACAACGAUGAGGAGGAGCACAAUGGGGGAUACAAUCUGUAUAAGGAGGAGUUCGAGAACUUUGGCUUCCAUGUGCGAGGCGAUGCGCCGGUUAUCAUUGCGCACGUUGAGAUCAAUUCGCUGGCAGAUUUGGGCGGAAUCAAGGAGGGAGAUUUCAUAGUCGAAAUAGCUGGCAUAGAUGUCAAGUGGUACUCGCAUCAGCAGGUGGUCCAGCUUAUACAGUCCUGUGGCUCCACUCUGGAGUUGAGAGUCAUAACGCCCAUGGAUCGCAACUACUUGAAGCCAUUGUCGUCGAAGGGCUCGUUGUCAACGCUAUCGGCGGCCAGUUCAUCGGGCAUUUCCUCCGGAUUUCCCAGUCCCACAAGUAUUGCGGCCAAGCCCAAGCUUCAUCUGAAGACAUCGUCUAGUUCGCGACCCGCUGGCAGCGUUUCAUCCAGUUCGUGGAAUCCCUUUCGGCGAACACCGAGCUUAGCUAAAAUAUUCUAAGUAGCGACCAGUUUUAUUUUGUGUUUUCUUGCUCUCAAGGCAAUGGCCAUUUCUAUUUAAAAAAAAAGAAUGUUGUGCAGUUAAUGUUAAGCAAUAAACUUAAUUAUUUUUUACAAA